AUGGAAUUCCACCCGGGAAAAGCGGGAUUCCUCUCCCUCCUGCUGGUGGCCGCGCUGAGCCGCCAAUCCCUGGAGAAAUCCCUUCCGUCGGCCGAGCGGGAGCAGGAGGAUUCCCGGGAAAGCCCGGGAUUGAUCCGGUGCGGGGAAUACAGCAACCAGGUCCUUCCCAACGGGCGCUGCCGGAUCGUGGCCACGCUGCCGCAGGGCGACGAGCGGCGCUGCCCGGAUCUGUUCCGCUGCACCGACGAGGUCUCCUUCUGGCUCCACGAGAACGAGGAGCGCAAGCAGCAGAUCCUGGAGCUGCGGGAGUUGAUCUCCGAGCUCCAGGAGGAGCUGAGGAACCACCGGCAUCGCAUCAAAGCCCUGGAGAGCCAGGUGAAAGGGGGGUUUUUGUCCAGCCUUCUCCAGAGGGUGCAGGAGCUGGAGCAGCAUUCCCGGGAAUCCAGCACGCUCCAGCACAUCCAGGCCACGCUGCUCUACGACAUCCAGGCCCAGAUCAACAACAUCUCCGCCCUGGCUGACUGGGCCUGGAGGAAUCCCAGCUGCCUCCAUCCCGCCGAGAUCCGGCUCCAGGAGGACCCGCGGAAUCCAGAAAUCAAACACGGCCGGAAUUGUCCCAUCGACUGCGCUUCCGUCUAUUCCAACGGGCUCCGGAGAUCCGGGAUUUACAGCAUCCUGCCCGCGGUGCGCGGCAUUCCCAUCGAGGUCCUCUGCGAGAUGGACACCGAAGGAGGGGGCUGGACCGUCAUCCAGAGGCGCCAGGACGGAUCCGUGGAUUUCAACCGGACCUGGAAUGAGUACAAGGAAGGAUUCGGGGAUCUCCACGGGGAAUUCUGGCUGGGCAACGACAACAUCCACAGGAUGACGAGCCAAGGGGAUUAUUCCCUACGGAUCGACCUGGAAGACUGGAAUAACAAACACAAACACGCCUUCUACCAGGUCUUCAGCAUCGAGGACGAGGAGAACCUGUACCGGCUGCACGUGGACGGCUUCAGCGGCACGGUGGAGGAUUCCUUCGCCUGGUACCACGACAAGCGCAGCUUCAGCACUCCGGAUUCCGGGAAUAUCUGCGCCGAGAUCUCCCACGGCGGCUGGUGGUACCACCAGUGCUUCUUCUCCAACCUCAACGGGGUUUACUACAAGGGCGGCCGGUAUUCCAUCAAAAACCGGCGGAUGCUGGGCCCGGAUGGGAUCGUCUGGUAUUCCUGGAAGGACACGGACUAUUAUUCCCUACGGAAGGUGGUCAUGAUGAUCCGGCCGCGCUCGUUCCGGCCCCGCCUCUCCCCGUGA